AUGACAAAUGGUACCGUACGCUGAUUCUUUAGUUUUCGCAUCACACCGACCGGGUUCUCAGAUCCAGGAACUUCCCCUUUUAACUUGGUCCCGUCGUGCACGGCGUGCUUAUCCUACUGCUGCUCACAGCUACCCGACUGUCCUCUAACCUUUAAUGCUCCUACUUACCAACGCCCGGGACCUCAACACCAGACGAAGCAACUUCGCUCGUGUUCAGGAUACCCCCUUCGGGUCCCGGAGUCCCCGGAGCUUCGAAGAAUCCACAAUCUUACGUACUGACGUUGAUCUCUCUCGUGGAAAGAACAAAACGGAGUGAGAUUCAAUCGGAAACCUAAGCCGUUGGUGUUUCGGAAGAUGAAUUCUCUGCACAAAAAAAUUCCGGCGAGCGAGGUAUGCAGGGAAUAUGCCGCCGGUGAGCCGGAAAUACAGUCCGACGGCGAGGAAUUUGCAUCUCAGGCGGCGUCGCAGUCCGCCUCUGUAAUUGCAGCCAAUGAGGAUCUUAUAGCGCUUGUUUUGCUGCGUUUGCCGUUGAAGCCAUUGGUGCGAUUCAAAUGCGUUUCCAAACAAUGGCUUUCGAUGAUUUCCGAUCCGUUCUUCACUCGCCGGAAGAACGCGGAGCUCUGCGGGAACGCCUCCGGCUUGUACGUAUUUCGCCGGAAUUUUCUGCAUUUCAAGCCGGAGUAUGACGUCGUUCCGCUGAAUGAGGAUGUUGUGAACUCUUCUUCUCCAGCGGUUGCGCGUACUCUUAGUUCCGACGAGAAUCAACCGAUUAAAAUCCUUCAGUCCUGCAACGGAUUACUCUGCUGCCGCAACGGUGGGCUGAAGGACGGCAAGUACAGUUACUACGUCUGCAAUCCGACGACGAGGAGGUGCGUUCGGCUUCCGGAUCCUCUCAAUCGAGCUUUCACGGUGAACGACGGCAGCGAAUCAGUGUACGCAGUGAACUUAGCUUUCGAUCCGCGAAAAUCACCCCACUUCAAAGCCGUAUGCGUCUACUUCUGCGAAACGGUGAAAUACCGUUUCGUGAUGGAUAUGUACUCAUCGGAGACCGGAAUCUGGAAGCGCGUCGGCGAUCCGUUGUCCGGCGAAAUUAACUUUCACAUCGGAGUGUUCUGGAACGGCGCAAUCAACUGGUUCAGCUUAUGCGGCGACGGAUUGUACUUCAAUCUGGAGGAGGAGCGGUUCGGGAAGCUUCCGAUGCCUCCGAUUCCCGACGGCUGGGAGGAGCGGAGAAUUAGGUAUUUCGGCGAAUCGAACAAUCACCUCCAUCUGGUUGAAAUCUACGGACCUUGCACAACAGAAUUCAACGUCUAUGAAAUGGACGAGGAUUACCGCGGAUGGAAAGUGACGUACCGUGUGGACAUCGAACCAGUGAUGAACGCCUUCCCGGAGUCAAUUUCCAGCUGGUUAGGUCCUUCAAGGAUGCGCUACUACAAGUACCUGAUACUGAGCAUCAUCCGGCGAGGAGAUGGCGGCGGCGGCGACAGCUCGUUUGUUGUUGUGAACAUCCCUGGUAAGGCAAUAAGGUACAAUCUAGAGGAUAAAUCAUUCUACAGUAUAUGGAACUUUACCGGUGGUGAGUGUGAUCAUCCUCGUGGUGGUUCUACACUUCCUAUGUUUGGUUGGUUUGAUGCUUUUCAGUAUAUUCAGUGCAUAUGAAUGAUAAUAUCAAACUUUACCUUUCUUGGUCA